ACAAAAGAAUCAGUAGUGCGUAGUGGCAGUGACACUGCUGAACAUAUUCCAAACGUUGGGCGUUUCGCUCUCUCUCUCUUCCUUUCCUCCUUUCUCUCUCUCUAUCUCCCUCAGAUUUUCUCCAUCAUCUCCUCAAUGCGUGCCUAGUUAGGGUUUUUUCAUCUUCUCCGAAUUCCAACUGUUCGAGUUUUGAAUCUUCUUCAGCUUCAAUUUGUUAAUAUCUCUCUUUGGCCUUUUCUUCCACAUGCUGGUGUUCGUUUGGUUUGCUGAUGCUUUCAACUGUUCGCCAUUAUAGCAGGGGUUUGAAUUUUCAUAUCUGGUAAAAGGAGUGGAUACAAUACCGAAUUUUUGUAUCUGGUUUUGGAGGAAGAAGUGUUGGAUUUGCGCACCGUUAUUGGCCUUCCUUUAGUUGUGACCAUUGGUGUCUGAUACAGACAUACAGGUGAAAUGAAUUAGUCACUCGAGCAUUGUGAGUCAAACUGUUUUUGUUACUUUUACUAUGAGAAGUUGAACUGGUAGAACGAUUUCUCUUGCAAUGGGUUCAUUCUCUGGCACUUCUGAAAUAGUUGAAGCAACAGACGAGCUAAAUACAGGGAAAACUACAGCAAGUAAUCAGUCCAAUAAUGGGUGUAGCAUAGCUGAGAAAAAUCAGAAGCCUCCGGUGCUGAAACUGGGCUACAAGGACAAUCUGGACGACGAUAUUAAUAAGCUUUUUGAAUCAAUUACUCUUAAAUCUUCAUCAAGAGACUUGGGCCAUUUACAAGAUGGUACAAGCCCUAAGAUGAAAAGUGCAUUGAAAAAGCCCAUCACAGUGGGUGUUUCUCGGUCCCCGCGAGUUGGGACAUCUGAACCUGUGAAUUUGAAGCAGGCUUUAAGAGACCUUUGUAUUUCUAAGGCAUCAGAAAUGGCUGCUAUGAAACGAUUAUCAAAAGCAACAGCUUCUCCAAGAAUAUCAGAGGUUGGGAAGAUACAAACAUUGUACAAUUCAGUUGUAGCUGAAACCAGUCUACCUGGCCCUCCUUUGGUUGAAAAUAAAGAGAAUGGAAUUGAAAUAUCCCUAGUGCCAGAAGAAAGUAAGUCAGUUUCGAUGGAGAAAACAUCUCAUUCUUAUCAAGGUGCUGAAAUCACUUCACCAAGCCAGAUCAUUCGAUCUUCUCCUAAAGUUGCUGUUGCAACCAUUCAACAUACUUCUAAGGCUUCAUUGCCGCAAGUUGAUUUGGCAUGUUCAUCAAGUAAAGUUGGGGUUCACUCACGGCAAGUGGUGCCUGUUCAAUCAGAAAAACCACCAACAUCUCCCUCUCCAUCUCCAUGUACCACAACUGGAAGCAAAUUGGAGUCAUCCAAAAUUGUUUCUUCUCCUAAAAAAGUUGGAAAUAAACCAUCUAUAUCAAAUAAUGGGCAUAAAGGUAGAUUGCAAACAUCUUCCUCAUCUUCUUCUGUAAAUGGCUAUAGAGUAAACAAAGUGUCAUGUCAUACCCCCCGUGCAGUCAAAUCAGUCCUCAAGAGCAAGAAUUUGAGUAAGAAAAAGCUAAAGGAGUGUUCAGGCUCUGGUUUGUGCAAUCCUUCAACCAAUAAAGUGAAUAAUAAGCCAGCUCCUGUUCUAACUCGAAUGAUUUGCGAGAGAUGUCAUUGUGCUUUAGAGAAUACAAGUGAAGAAAAAGGCCACCAUAUCACAACACUGGACUCCAUCAGUCCUGAAGUGGUGAACUCAGGUGAAGAGCACCAUGGUUCAGAUAAACCUGAUCUGGCAUCAACUAACAGUAACAAAGGCAGACCGAUUGCAAACGUGAAAAAGAGCACUAAGUUGAAAGACCAACUUGAAUUUUCACAAAGUUCAAAAAGUAGCCAAGGUGAGUACAGUAGUAGCACAAGCACCAGUGGCGAAAGUAAUGCAAGUGGCUCAAGUUGUGGAACUAGGCCUCACAUGUCAAAAGAUUUUAGGUGGGAAGCCGUACGACGUGCUCAUUUGGAGUAUGGAGUCUUGGGCUUGAGACAUUUCAAUCUUUUGAAGAAACUUGGUUGUGGGGACAUUGGGACAGUAUAUCUUGCUGAACUAAUUGGCACAACUUGCUUGUUUGCUAUCAAGGUCAUGGAUAAUGAGUUUUUGGCAAGGCGGAAGAAGAUGCCAAGGGCACAAACUGAGAGAGAAAUAUUAAGCAUGCUGGAUCAUCCAUUUCUUCCCACAUUGUAUGCACAAUUUACAUCAGAUAAUCUGUCAUGCCUGGUUAUGGAGUAUUGUCCAGGGGGAGAUCUUCACGUUCUACGUCAGAAGCAGCUUAGUAGGUGUUUUUCAGAGACAGCAGCAAGGUUUUAUGUUGCCGAAGUCCUUCUUGCUUUAGAGUACUUGCACAUGCUUGGAGUUGUUUAUCGUGACUUGAAACCUGAAAACAUUCUUGUCCGGGAAGAUGGACACAUUAUGCUCACAGAUUUUGACCUUUCACUAAGGUGUGCAGUUAGCCCAACGCUUCUACAAUCCUCUUCCGAGAAUGAACCAGCAAAAAGUUCUGGCCCUACCACAAAACCAAGUUGCAUUGAGCCAUUCUGCAUUGAGCCCUCUUGUCAAGUUCCAUGCUUCAGCCCUAGAUUCUUACCCGCAGCAGCAAAAGCAAGGAAACUAAAAGUUGAUCUUGCAGCCCAGAUUAGAUCAUUGCCACAGCUUGUGGCCGAGCCCACCGAUGCCAGAUCAAACUCAUUUGUUGGAACACAUGAAUACUUGGCUCCUGAGAUCAUCAAAGGAGAGGGACAUGGAGCUGCAGUUGACUGGUGGACGUUUGGGGUUUUUCUUUACGAGCUCUUAUAUGGUAGAACACCCUUCAAAGGCUGCAAUAAUGAAGAAACACUAGUGAACGUGGUGUUGCAGAGUCUUAGGUUCCCAGACAGCCCAUUUGUUAGCUUCCAAGCGAGGGAUCUGAUAAGAGGGUUGCUGGUUAAGGAACCUGAGAACCGUUUGGGAUCAGAGAAAGGUGCUGCUGAGAUUAAACAGCAUCCUUUCUUUGAUGGCCUCAACUGGGCCUUAAUUCGUUGUGGUCUCCCACCAGAGAUUCCAGAGUAUUGUGAUUUUGGAGUUUCUGAUGUGACACCAGAAAGCAAGGGUGGUAAGUAUUUAGAGUAUAAUGCAACUGGAGAGCAUCUGGAGUUCGAGUUGUUCUAGAGAUACUGUUGGUUUUUUUUUUUUUAAAGAUAGGAUUCUUCCACGAUGGAUGUGUGAAGCUGUAACUUAUAUGUAAGCCUAUGUUGUAAAUUUAGUUUUGGUUUAUAUACCACGGUAUGACCGUAACUGGUGUAUGUGGACGUGGCAACUUGAGUGUUGAAUGAUAAUUCAUAAUUGCAAUCUUAAGGAACAAACAUUCUCGA